AUGAGUGAUGACUUACUUCUCCUCAACUGUCACGGAACAUGUAGAGUAAACGAUGUAACCGCCCGUCUUGCUGUGGUGGUUGACAGAGUCAAUAGCAGCAAGGAUAAGCUGCUUCUGGGUGUGCGGGAGCAGCAUGAAAUCUCUCUCCGUCUUGUUGGUCUUGACGCUAGCAUCCUUGGCAAUGACACCGGUACCAGAGCAAGGGGCAUCGAGCAAGACACGGUCGAAACCGCCCAUGGGCUUAGGGAACUCACGAGCGUCGUAGUUGGAGACGACGACGUUGCGAGCACCCAGACGGUGAAUGUUACCGAUCAGACCCUUGGCACGCUGCUUGCUGGGAUCGUUGGCAAUGAUCAUGCCGGUGUUCUUCAUCAUCGCGGCCAUGUGCGUCGUCUUACCACCGGGAGCGGCGGCCAUAUCCAGCACACGCUCGUUCUCCUGGGGCUCGAGAGCCAUGACGGGGAGGAACGAAGAGGCAGCCUGCAGGAUGUAGUGGCCGGCGAGGUACUCGGGAGUGGCACCCAAAGGAACGUUGGACUCGAAGACCUGAAGACCGACCUUGGACCACUUGCCGACGGGCUCGAGGGUAACACCGCGACCGAUGAGGGCUUGAGCCAGAUCACGACGGUGAGUGCGAAGGGUGUUUGUUCUGAGGACAACGGGACGGGCAGACUCGUUAGCCUCGAAGAAAGCGAAGGCCUCGCGGGGAGAGAACAAGUUAAAGAGCUUCUCGGCAAGGUACUCAGAGUAGCCGUAGUAAGAGCAGAUAUCCUUGAUAAGCUGGUUGGUGUACUCGGCGCGCGAGCGGCCCUCUUCGUGGAGUUUGGCAAAGUCGUCAAGAACACGGAUGUUCUCAGUGAUUCUGGUUCUCAGGAGCUGCAGAUCAGGAGCCAGCAGGCCCUUGGUCUUGAUGGCGAGAUCGUCUUCUUCUUCGUCAUCCAGGAUGUGCGGCUUGUCACCGUCAAUGUUGGUCUGCAGACCCAUCUCCUCGAGUUCGGCCUGGGCGUCCGCCUCCUCAUCGGCGAUUUGCUUAUCGAGCCGCCUUGCGAGACCCUCGAUGUUGGCCUUUGUGAGCAGUUCCUCGCCGUCAGAGUCGUCCUCGUCCUCCGAGAACAUGUGCUUUCCGCCACCGCCCUGCUCCUGGUCCGAGUCGAAGACAGAGUCAUCGUCGUCUGA